AUGGAAAAACAUAACGAGAAUUUUAUGGAGAGUUUAGAGAAGGCACCGAUACAAAACGAACUGGCCUCAUCUCCUCUGCAGCAAAUUGAUAAUGUUCUUAUUCAGAAUUUGGAAUACCCAUGGAAAGAUGUGGAAGAUAUGAAACCGACAGAUUUGGAGUACGAACUUUUUUGCGGUGCUUUGGAAUCAUUUUGUUCCAAACCACUGAUUGAGCUUAUUGACGACUGGACAAUUUCUAUGGAAACUAUCUUACCAACUAUUCGAAGCAGUAUACGAAUUUAUACCAAAGCUGCAUCCUGUGAAGAAAAGGUACAUGAGAUGGAUGUUGAAUUAGCAAGAUGGGUUGAAUUUGGACUUAGCUCAAGUCGUUCUACAUCGUAUGCAGGAAGCAGUCAAAUGGCUAUGAUCGGUUGUAGUCUAACCAAACAGCUAUCAGCUAUGCAUGAAAAGGAUUUGAGCGUGACAUUUUGUGCUCCCCAAUAUUUAAAUUAUAUUAUGAAUAUCAUAUCCUCCAAGCAGUACUGCUCAUCAAUCCGAUGUGAAGCUGCGCAAGCACUUCUAGACAUUCUUUUUCAUCCAUCAAUAUCCUGGAAAUUCAUGGUGACAGAAAUUGAAGGGAAUAAAUAUACACCAUACGAGCAAGUCAUACAUCUUUUCAUGAAACCAGAGGAUGUUUCGCUGGAUUUGUUAGGAGUACUUCAAAAAAUCGCAAGUUAUUUUGUAUUUAAAUACAAUAUUGAUGUUGUAAGCAACCAUGCACGAAGGUUUUUUAUGGAGGAAGAUUGUGAUGAUGUUGAUACUUCUCAGCUGUUCUCAUCCUUCAACAUUCUGAACAACUUCUUUUCGAAAAUAAGAAAUGAUUUCAGCUAUAUGUCAUGCUCUGCACAUCGGACCAUUGUGAAAAAUUGUUUAAUUCCGCAUAUUUGUGUGCAUGCUAUAUCACCUAAUCAAGAUACGAGAAUAAGGUAUUUGGCAGUUCGUUGUCUCCGAUUGCUGUGCGAUUUCGAUGGUACUGAUAUUACUGGAGCGAUUUUUCUCUCAUAUAUGGGCACACAAACAGUAUCAUUAGUUGGACGAUUAUUACAUCAAAUUUCGGAAGAUAGCAAAGAAAAGUCAUUAUUACCUUACGCAUUGCGAGCAAUCGUAUUAGUUGAUCAGUUUAUUGCUGCCGAUGAGAAGUGUAUUUCAGUAAUCGAUGCACCUGAGCGUGUAACUGUUCUACAAAAUAUGUUGCAUAUGUUAUUAGUCGAAGAAGGACGUCUUGCGAUGAUUUCCGCACUAUCAUUUGGAGAUAAUCUGAAACAUUUGUUACAUAUAUGUGAUCUUCAAAAAUCAGUAUUAAUACUCGAAGGCCAUAUCGAUGAUGACAUCAAAACGAGGUUUAGGCAAACUGCUACUUACGGAUAUUUGUGUGAAAUUCUAUUUGCCUUAGCACGAAAUCAGUCUAGUGGAAUAUUUUGGAGAAGGCAUGGUCCAGAAAUUAUUAAACUAAUCGAUUGUAACCUCAUCUCAGCUGCCACAUCAUUGAAACACUGGCUGGAACCAUUUCGGGAGGAAUUAGCACUUGGGAGAAAUAUAAAUACGUUAGAUUUCCUAACGACGAGAUUAACUUAUCACAGUGAAAAAUAUGUGGAAGGUGAUCCGCCGUUAGCAUUGGUAACUCUACUACGUCUAAUAGAUGCAAUACUGAAUGAACCGGAAAAUAUAGCAAAUUGUCAACAGAGCAAACGAGUGCAUUAUCGAUGCACCGCACUUACCGGUGAUUCAUACAUUUAUUGUCAGUUUGUUCGUUCAGCAACGAGCAUUAUAUGCAAGCUAUUAUUGUCCUUACAAACUAUCAACCAAAAUCCUGAUAAGCUGGUCAUAGAUACCUUGUUGAGGACGUAUACACUCUGUUGUAUGGAUGAAGCAUCUGGCGAUCGCAUAAUUAGAGAAAUUAUUAUAAAUUCAUUUUCAUUAUUUAUUUUUCCAACUCUGUCAGAUCGACAGAGAUUACGGAAAACUGGUCAGCAGUCAUUUCUAAAGCUUUUUUUGAAUUCCGGUUUCGAUAAACCUUCAAAUUUCUUUGCUACGUUGGAUAUUUUGCUAAAAUUAUUCCCGCUUCCGUCGGAUAUGCUGGCAAACGUUGUUGGUAUUAAUAUGCAGGAGGUAACUUCAAUGGAAAAAUUGCUGAGCGAUCGUAUUUUAGAAAACGGGAAACAGUUGCAGUUCGCAAUUAUGUUAGGUAUCUCAUCUUCGCAGCGACUGAAGCGACGUAUAUUCGACCUGUGUAAACGUUUGGCAUAUUGUUCCGAGAGUAAUGCAUUGCGUUUAAUUGAUAUUCUUAUAAAGCAGAGCUUACGAAUGUUAACGUCUUCGGCACAUACGGCUAUCGUUGAUGCUUUUGACGACGAUAUUGUUGAGGAAGAGUCAAAUGUUCGUUUUGGCAAUGCCGUUGAUCUUGUGACAGCCUCAUUUUAUGCAUUCUUGGCUAUCUGUUCCACAGAAUUUGUACUUCGAAAUUUUAUGGUUAUCAUAAUUUCCCAGCGCAAAAGUUAUAUUACUACAUUGCUGAUGUUCUUCAAACUAGCUAGCCCGAAAACUUUACCUCACGUCUCGUUCCAAACAUACGUCAUUAAAAUUUUUCGUAAUCUUUGCGUUGCUGACAAAAAUAUUGAUGGAAAAAUCGAUUGUUUGCCUAGUGAUGUCUAUAUCAAAAUAUGUGACAGUCUUGUGGAACAUUUUGGAAACAUGCAGCAUAAUAUAGAAACGAUGAUGCUGGCAUUGGAAAGUAUUUGCAGCAUAGGACGUUCUUCAGCAUUUGGUCGUGCUGUAGUUAACAAUGCUUUAAUUAGUAACGAGGGUGCUCUGCUAUAUUUUACGGAUCGUUUUUUGAUGGGAGAACCAAUCGACGAAUUACUUCUUGAAGUCGCAGCUCAGCUCGUCGAUCUUUUUGAAAACAUUUUAAAAAAAGAUUCAGUUAAAUUUGUUGCAAUGAAGUGGCAUUCUUCCAUCAAUUCCGAGCAGCAUCCUUUAGUGCGACUGAAAAAUAAAUUAACAGAAUUAAAUUGUUCAAAAGAUUUCUUGUUGAGUCUGCAAAAAGCGUUAGAUUCUUCGAUUGAAGGAGAAUCUGUUGAGGCAAUACCAGAAGACUUGGAAACUUACGAAUGGCCUGAAAAUGUGACUGCUGUUCAGCAAGUUGAUAGCCGACAAAUAACAAAUUAUCAUAUAACAAAUUUAUUAGACUUCGAUAGCAAAGAUUUUCAUAAUAGUGCUACGCUUUCCACCAUUGAUUUGAAUAUGCUCAAUGAAGAGUUUUUCCCAGAUAGUGUAUUACUUUCUGCAAAAAAAUCAACAUUUCCAGUUCAACUACAAAGUAUAAAUCCGAUACAAAAAUGGAAGACGUUUAAUUUUGAAGGUCCGAAAAGGAAACGUCCUUAUGCGAUCAAAAAAAUUUUGAUGAGACCAAAAAUACGUCAUCAUUAG